AUUGUAGAUUUCGUAUACACCAUUAUUGGCUAGCAUGGUCUUAUCUACAACUUGAAAAAUUACGAAAUUUUCAAAAUACACAAAGAUUAGUAAGGCAAAAUCAAAUGGAUUCAUCUUUUCGACCCCCAACAGCAGUUGAAAUAAUUGAACGUAGUACUUACACAAACAGUUGGAGAUUUAAUGAAGAAAAAACAUCCCCCCUACCAACUUUCAUAUGCACAG